GCGGGGCACCCGGCAGCGGCGGCGGCAGCGGCAGCAGCGCGGGUCCACAGCAAUCUCGGCAGCGGCGGUGGAAGAAAGCCUGAGACAUCAACCUAUGAAGACUGUGAAGACAAUUCUCAAUAGCAGUUGUGACUGGUGUUGCUAUCAGACUUAUUCUGCACAGCAUCUGGAAUGAACCUCUCUUAUUGACUGAUUUCAUUGGCCCAGAGCCUGGAGUACUGGAUUCACCUGACUUCGUAAAUGUAUGAACCAGUGUGAUGGUGAAAUGAGAUGAGGCUCCGAAAUGGAACUGUAGCCACCGUUUUAGCAUUUAUCACUUCGUUCCUUACUUUAUCUUGGUAUACUACAUGGCAAAAUGGAAAAGAAAAACUGAUUGCUUAUCAACGAGAAUUUCUUGCUUUGAAAGAACGUCUUCGAAUAGCUGAACAUAGAAUCUCACAGCGCUCUUCUGAAUUAAGUGCCAUUGUACAGCAGUUCAGGCGUGUAGGAGCAGAAACAAAUGGGAGUAAGGACACGUUGAAUAAAUUUUCAGAUAAUACCCUGAAGCUGUUAAAGGAGUUAACAAGCAAAAAAUCUCUUCAAGUGCCAAGUAUUUAUUAUCAUUUGCCUCAUUUAUUGCAAAAUGAAGGAAGCCUUCAACCUGCUGUGCAGAUUGGUAAUGGAAGAACAGGAGUUUCAAUAGUAAUGGGAAUUCCUACUGUGAAGAGAGAAGUUAAAUCUUACCUCGUAGAAACUCUUCAUUCCCUUAUUGAUAAUUUGUAUCCUGAAGAGAAGUUGGACUGUGUAAUAGUAGUCUUCAUAGGAGAGACAGAUAUUGAUUAUGUACACGGUGUUAUAGCCAACCUGGAGAAAGAAUUUUCUAAAGAAAUCAGCUCUGGUUUGGUGGAAAUAAUAUCACCUCCUGAAAGCUAUUAUCCUGACUUGACAAACUUAAAGGAGACAUUUGGAGACUCUAAAGAAAGAGUAAGAUGGAGAACAAAGCAAAACCUAGAUUAUUGUUUUCUAAUGAUGUAUGCUCAGGAAAAGGGCAUAUAUUACAUUCAGCUUGAAGAUGAUAUUAUUGCCAAACAGAAUUACUUUAAUACUAUAAAAAAUUUUGCCCUUCAACUUUCUUCUGAGGAAUGGAUGAUACUAGAGUUCUCCCAGCUAGGCUUCAUUGGUAAAAUGUUUCAAGCUCCAGACCUCACUCUGAUUGUAGAAUUCAUAUUUAUGUUCUAUAAGGAGAAGCCCAUUGAUUGGCUCUUGGACCAUAUUCUCUGGGUGAAAGUCUGCAACCCUGAAAAAGAUGCAAAACAUUGUGAUAGACAGAAAGCAAAUCUACGAAUUCGCUUCAGACCUUCCCUCUUUCAACAUGUUGGUCUGCAUUCUUCACUAACAGGAAAAAUUCAGAAACUUACGGAUAAAGAUUACAUGAAACCAUUACUUCUUAAAAUCCAUGUCAACCCCCCUGCAGAAGUAUCUACUUCUUUGAAGGUCUACCAAGGACAUACACUGGAGAAAACAUAUAUGGGGGAGGACUUCUUCUGGGCUAUAACCCCGAUGGCUGGAGACUACAUCUUGUUUAAAUUUGAUAAGCCAGUCAAUGUAGAAAGUUAUUUGUUCCAUAGUGGCAACCAAGAACAUCCAGGAGAUAUGCUGCUAAAUACAUCUGUGGAAGUUUUGCCUUUUAAGAGUGAAGGUUUGGAAAUAAACAAAGAAACCAAAGACAAACGAUUAGAAGAUGGUUAUUUCAGGAUAGGAAAAUUUGAGAAUGGUGUUGCAGAAGGAAUGGUGGAUCCCAACCUAAACCCCAUUGCAGCCUUUCGACUUUCAGUUAUUCAGAAUUCUGCUGUUUGGGCCAUUCUUAAUGAGAUUCAUAUUAAAAAAGUCACCAACUGACCAGCUCCUAAAAAACCAAGACUUUUUUUCCUGUAAAGUUGAUUAAAGAUAAUGAAGCAUGUUUUUUUUUUUUUUUUUUUUUUUACUUGAACGCUACCUCUUGUGAAAUCUACUGUAGAUGAUUGUCAUUUCCACUCGGAAAGUGAAUCUCCCACAGAUAAUUAUAUUCAUUCAAACCUAAGCUGUCCUCCAAUUUUAACUUGACUCAAACAUUUUACAGUUACGACAGCCUGUUAAUAUGACUUGUACUAUUUUGGUAUUAUACUAAUACAUAAGAGUUGUACAUAUUGUUACAUUCCUUAAAUUUGAAAAAAAUUAAUGGAUACAUUUUAUGAAGGGGGUACUUUUGAAAUUCAUUUAUUUUACUAUUAUAAACCCUCUUUUAUAGAUUA